AUAAAAAUUAGAUUCGUAAAAAGUAAGAGCGCUAUCAUCGCAAUAGUGAUUAAAUUGUAGGAGCUGAACGGAAGGAGUCGCGCAAAACAACACGGAACGUUACGAGACGUGGUUUAGUGUUAUUUCGUUGGGAACAUUAUUUUUUUGAAUUUUUGUCGUUUUAGAAAUGUAAAUAAAGCAUAAUUAAUAAUAUUAAUUUGAAAAGUAUUUUAAUUGAACAGAGAUUGAUUAAAAGAAAAAAAGUGAGGUGUGGGAUAUAAAUUAAACAAAAUGUCUGAAAAUGUUGAAGAAGUUAUCGAAGAAGAAAAUUCAGUUACAAUGUUAGAUGUACUUCGAGAAGAGAAUCAAUUAGAAGAAGAUGCGUAUGCGGUUUUAGGUGCAUCUGAUGACAAAAAUUGUACUUAUAGCAAGGGUUAUACACGACAAGCCCUUUAUGCAUGCAAAACUUGUUGUCAGAAAUCAAUGCGAGCAGCAAUAUGUCUUGCUUGUAGUUUUCAUUGUCACGAAGGUCAUGAACUUAUUGAAUUAUAUACUAAAAGACAUUUUAGAUGUGACUGUGGCAAUUCAAAGUUUGGGGAGAAAAAGUGUAAUCUAGAUGCUUCAAAGGAUUCAAUAAAUUCUGAAAAUCAAUAUAACCAUAACUUUGAUGGUCUUUAUUGUAUUUGUGAAAGACCAUAUCCAGAUCCAGAUGAUACUGUCAAUGAUGAAAUGUUACAAUGUAUAAUCUGUGAGGACUGGUAUCAUUCAAAGCACUUAGAAUGCGAAAAGGAAAUGCCAGCAGAUGCUGCAUAUGAUGAAAUGAUUUGUGCUGGUUGUAUGAGACAGAAUGAUUUUCUUUGGAAUUAUGCCAAAAAAUAUACAGUGACAGAUGGUUCUAAUGGGGAUAAAGAAGAUGAUGAAUCAAUCAAUGUUGAAAAUCAAUUGAAAGAAUGUACAAUGCCAAGGAAUAAUUCUGCAAAAAGAAUACCAUCACAAGGAAGUUGUUUUUGGAUAGAAGGAUGGAGAGCCGCUCUAUGUACUUGUAAAACAUGCAAAGAACUUUACCGAGAGAAAAAUAUUGCGUUUCUUCUUGAUCCAACGGAUAGCGUACAUGCUUACGAGGAAGCUGGUAAAAUUAAUAGUCGAGAAUCACAAUAUGAAAAGGGUAUGAAAGCCCUUGCUUCUUUAGGUCAUGUCGAACAAAUGACGGCUAUCGAAGAAUACAAUAAUAUGAAGGAACGAUUGAAACGAUAUUUGCAAAAAUUUGCUGAAAAUAAAAAAGUCGUACGAGAAGAAGAUAUAAAGGAAUUUUUCUCAGAAAUGGAAUCGAAGAAACGACCAAAAGUUGUGAUACCUACAUAUUGCCGUUGAAAUGUAUUAAUUGAAUAUUAUGGAAAUUUUUCGUUUCUAAUAGAAACAAAAAGUCGAUGUAUUGCAAACACUAUUACAAGUAAUAUGUUCUACUUUUAUAUAUUUCGUUUAUUGCAAAGCUUAGUUGCGUGAUACUAAAUUAUUUUGGAUGUAAUUCUAUAUUGAAGUUUAAAUGUAACUUCCAAUAAAUCAUAACCUUUUUUCGAUAUGAAAAAACAAAAAAGAAAAAGGAAAAUGGAAGGCAAAAAAAAGCAUUUAAUUAUUUUUAAGAAACCUUGAUUUUGAUUUAUCUUUAACGUUCGAUGAUAUAAUUCAAUUCUUGAUCAU